AACCUAGCUAUCUGCGCCAACUAAAAGGAUUAUCACCCUUUCAUUUGGGAGCUUUUUCGUUGACGUACUGCAAGCACCACAUUCUAGCUAGUAUCCACAGCAUGGCAAUUCCUAUAGCCAUCCUGGACUGCGAUUUGCUGCUGCAUGGCCGGGGCCAUAAGACACUGGAUCGCUUUGAUCUGGACUCCGUAUCUGACCACUUCCUCCUUACAACAUUUGGCUUCCCCAGGGGGUUUAUCCUAUACCUUGUGGAGUUACUCAGAGAGGUCCUCUGUAGACGUACCCAGCGGUCUAGAGCCAUCAGUCCAGAGGUCCAGGUGUUGGCUGCUUUGGGCUUCUAUACUUCAGGGUCAUUCCAAACAUCAAUGGGAGAUGCUAUAGGAAUCAGCCAAGCAUCAAUGUCCCGAUGUGUGACCAACGUUACCAAAGCUUUGGUGGAGAAAGCUCCCCAGUUCAUAACAUUCACCAGAGAUCCUGCCAGCAAAGAGCAGUCUUUCCAGGAGUUUCAGAGAGUGGCAGGACUCCCAGGUGUCCUGGGGGUGCUAGACUGUGUUCAGGUCGCUAUUAAAGCUCCAAACAGUGAAGACUCCUCAUAUGUGAACAAGAGGGGCUUUCAUUCUGUUGGCUGUCAGCUGGUUUGUGAUGCCAGAGGGCUGUUACUCAGUGCCGAAACACACUGGCCUGGCGGACUCAAAGACACUGAAGUCCUGGAAAGAUCUGCAGUCUACAAACUAAUAAAGGACACUGAUGAUGGCUGGCUACUGGGUGACCGGCGCUACCCUCUCAAGAAGUGGUUGAUGACCCCAGUCUGUUACCCAGAAUCCCCUGCAGAGUUUCGAUAUAACCUUGCCCAUGCUGCUACGCAUGAGAUAGUGGAUAGGACCUUCAGAGCAAUCCAGACCAGAUUCAGAUGUUUAGAUGGCUCCAAAGGAUAUCUACAGUAUUCCCCAGAGAAAAGUUCAUCCAUCCUCCUGGCCUGCUGCGUUCUCCAUAACGCCUCCCUGCAGUCUGGGUUAGAUGCCUGGACUCUUGAGCGGACAGAUCCUCUGGAACAACCUGAGAGCCUGGAACAAAGACCUGAAGACCGAGAUACUGAGGCAGAGGAAAGACGAAAACAACUCAUACUGACACAUUUCAGUUGAAGUGCUGAGUGGACUCCAAAUGCCAGUUUGUAUAGAUAGAAGAUAUUUCUGGACUUACCCUGGCUGGUGGUGUAGAGGUCCCCCAGUGGGAGAGCAGGAGAGGAAGAGGAGGAGAGUGAGGUGGAGGAAGAGGAGGAUGAGUGAGAGAGGAAGGAGAGGGGAGAGAAGCAGGGAGAGAGGGUUCCCACCACCAGGACAAAACACAGCACCAUCAUCUGCACAGCGAGAGUGACACAUAUCAAUAAUACUAAUAUUAAUAAGAUCAAAUAAUAAUAUUAAUAGCAAUAUUCUUGUAAUACUAGCAAAGCUUGGAAUACUGCUGUUGGAACUGGAGCUCUGUAACCUCUUGGAACUUACUAGAACUGUGUCUAAUUCCAGACACCUUGUCCAAUUGCAGACAUAUACUCUCUUAACAUGAUGUUGGAUGUAUGUGUGUGAUUAUUCUAUGAGCUCUUUCACAAAAAGAUAAGUGACACAAAUUCAUACAUAUUUAAACUAAAUUUCAAAUUUAAUAAAUAUCUACAGAUAUUUAGACAUUUAAAGAAAAUCAGUCAGACACAAACAAGCAGUGUUAACUCUUUUGGUCCAUGGUGUCAUCAUGUAGACAAUCCACAGUUAAUGCUAAUGAAUCUACAGUACACUGAAAUUGACUGAGCCUUUUGUAUUGUAAAACUAUGUGCACUGUCAUCCAUUUACAACAUAUGCACAAUAAAUUAAUACAUUUUAUUCAUUUUU